AUGGGGAAUUGUUCUCUCAAAGGGGUCACUGGGGAGUGCAGCAAUUCCAUCCGGGUCUUAACAGAUGCCGGUGAAAUCAUUGAUAUCAAGGGCCCUAAACUCGCCCGGGAGAUUGCCAACAGUUUUCCAGGGUAUGCUGUUUGCAGAAGAGGUCAAGCCUCAUUACCAUUGCCCGAAGACGAGUGCCUGGUUAACGGGGGAUUUUACUAUCUUCUCCCCAUGGAGAAGGUGCACAAGUCUGGUGACACUGGGGUCUGUAAACAGGUUAACAAAGAAGCUGUGAAGAAACUGGAAGUGGAUUGGAUGAAUCGGAUUGAGCCACCGAAGAUGUCAUCAGCAGAUUUUGUUGAGAAUUUAUCAAGUGGGUCGGCUCUGGAAGUGCUUCCAUCGCAGAAGAAUGGGGUUUGGAAGGUGAAAUUGGUGAUCAGCAGCCAGCAACUGGAGGAUAUUUUGUCGGAACAAGUGAACACGGAGGCCUUGAUUGAGAAAAUGAGAAUGGCUGCAGCAAGCUCAGCUACUCUCACCCCAAAGCGGAGCAAGAGUUCUUGGGUGGUGGGAUGGAAGCCAGCCUUGUCAAACGUGUUCAAGGUUCCCAUUGAUAACAAAGUAGCAUAG